CAUCACCAACAAACCCAUCUCUGCAUUUGCGACAGCCCCGACAACAGCACACCCACCGUCGGCUAUAGCAAACAGCAAAGGAGGUCUGACUUCUUUGAGCAGGAACACCCCAGGCUCAGAGGUACGUUGCCACAAAAAAACUCAAGCAAAGCCAUACGCGCCUUGCUUGUACCAAAAAAACCGUAUCAUACCCGCAGUUCAUUCAUCAUGGCCUACCCGCCCCCUCCAGGUAUCUCAAGCGGCCCCUCCACCGGCAAUCCACCUUCCCAUCCCUCCCUGCCCGCGCGGCCCCCUCCGAGCAAGUCAUCCGGAGGCUUCAAGCCCGCCUUCAAACCUGCCUACGGAGCUGCAACCUCCUCCGCGCCUCCCUCCUACUCGAGCGCACCAAGCUACGCCGGCGCGCCAGCGCCCGCUGCCCGUUAUGGCUCCUCCUACGCGACGUACCAGCAACAACCGUCCCCCUCGCCCUCGGUAGCCGCCGGCCGCUAUGCGGCACCAGUGCCCGCAUACGACUCAUACGCACAACCCAGCGCCGGCUCUCGUUACGGCCAGGCCUCGAGCUACAAUGCGCCGCCUUCGACCUACGGCGCGGCGCCGCAGAUUCGCAACCCGUUCCCGAUUCCCGGCACCGGCGCCCCUGCUGCCGGCGCAUCCGUCGCCUCAGCCUCCGACUACGACCCGGACAUGGCGAUGCAGAUAGCACAGUGGCAGAGCGCGUACAGCUCCAACGGCAGUAAGGACGCCAGCGGUAGAGACCCGGUCGUUCCCGGCGGCCGCGGUGGUAUGCCCGCCACAGGCAGCAACGUCGCGACUCCUCCCAUCAUCGACCCCGCAGCCGCUGCCGCCGCCGCCGCAGCAGCGAACCAACCCCCAGAGCGCAAGAAGACCGUCGUCCGCGAGGGCGGCGGCAAGAAGUGGACCGACGACACCCUCGCCGAGUGGGACCCGAGUCACCUGCGCCUCUUUGUCGGCAACCUCGCCGGCGAAGUCACCGAUGAGUCCCUCCUCAAGGCCUUUGCCCGGUGGCAGUCGGUGCAGAAGGCGCGCGUGAUCCGAGAUAAGCGCACUGCCAAGUCCAAGGGCUAUGGCUUUGUCUCCUUUAGCGACGCCGACGACUUUUUCCAGGCUGCUAAGGAGAUGAAUGGCAAGUACAUCCAGAGUCACCCCGUCACUGUCCGCAAGGCGAACACGGAGAUCAAGAUCACCAACGUCAAGGGCAAGGACCACCGCAACAACCGCAAUAACAAGAACAAGAAGCACUCUGGCAACGGUGGUGGCGGCGGCGGUGGUGGAGGAAACAAGCAUGGUGAGGGUACUGGGUAUGAACCCCACCUUGGCCCUGUGCAUAGUCACGGCGUCACGAAGCCCGGACAGAAGACCAAGAACGGUCUCAAGCUGCUUGGAUGAUUGUAUCUUGAUUCAAGAAGAGUCUUUUCCGGGCUAGACUUGGCGUUCUGGAGUUGGAGGUCACCCAUACCCAUCAUAAUUAACGUAUGACACAAAAAUAGAAGCAUUUUCUCGGU